AUGGAUGGACCAACUACUCUGCCCUCUUGGCACAGCAGAACCGGCUGCCCCCACCGCCCCGCACAAUUCCCAGAGGACUGGUGCCAAGUCACGAAAGAAAUGCCAACAGCAGCUAAAGACUACCCUACUGUCAGACCAAAAAAUGAAGUAGAACAGAAGCAGCUGUGUGCUUUUGGGGAGUACGUGGCUGAGAUUCUGCCCAAGUAUAUCCAGCAAGUACAGGUGACCUGUUUCAAUGAGCUGGAACUUUUGAUCCAUCCAGAUGGGAUCAUUCCAGUUCUGACCUUCCUUCGAGAUCACACUAAUGCCCAGUUCAAAUCCUUGGCUGACUUGACUGCUGUUGAUGUCCCAUCUCGGCAGUACCGCUUUGAGAUUGUGUACAAUCUCCUGUCUCUGCGGUUCAACAGUCGGAUCCGCGUGAAGACAUAUACUGAUGAGCUGACACCUGUUGACUCAGCAGUGUCUGUGCACAAGGCAGCCAACUGGUAUGAAAGAGAGGUCUGGGACAUGUACGGUGUUUUCUUUGCCAACCACCCUGAUCUAAGGCGAAUCCUCACAGACUAUGGGUUUGAGGGCCAUCCUUUCCGGAAGGACUUUCCACUCUCUGGUUAUGUGGAGGUGCGGUAUGAUGAUGAAGUGAAACGGGUAGUGGCAGAGCCUGUGGAGCUAUCUCAGGAAUUUCGCAAGUUUGAUCUGAAUAGUCCUUGGGAGGCAUUUCCUGCCUAUCGUGCAGCUCCAGAACCCCUGAAAAUAGAAGCAGGAGCCAAGAAAGAAGAUGCGAAAUAGCAGCAGAAUGGAGCAGAUGCACGGCACCAUCCUUUCUGUUCUAACAUAGUAUUUAUAAUAAUAAAAAUUGAUACAAGGUU